CUCUCUCAGUCGCUGUGCUCUGACGGAUGGGGAUACACUGCCAGGGAGGACUUAGGGGCGAGAAGAGAAGUGUUUAUUUUCUUCUCUGGCAUGUUUUCUUUCUCUUCCGCCUGGCUUCCCUCAUGAGCUGUUAAUUCCUUGCCCCGGUCCUGAGGAUGAGGAGGUUCUAUUUGUGAGGAAGGUCGCAACAAAGGAAGAGGAAACGAGGAGCAACAGGGUGGUAAAUUCUGCGAGCGGGAGUGAGCGAGAAGACCUUUUCUUUUUCUCCAGGCUCCAGCAAAGGAGUCCUGACGCCCAGCAGCAGUCAUGUGAGAGGAGUUGUCAACAAGCAGAGGAUGCCCACGCCCACUUAAAGGAGAGCCACCCCCUUCCCUCCAUCCCCCCUACCUCUCACUCCCUCCCUACCUCCCACAUGAGGACGAGAAGAUGACUAUCACCAGCCGGCAGUCCUUCAAUGUCCUGACGGUCAUCUUCCUCUUGCUGUCCACUGCAGCCCUCUCCGCUCAUUACCGAGUGUGUGAGCCCUACUCGGACCAGAAAGGGGGUUACCACUUCGGCUUUCACUGCCCUCGCCUCUCGGACAACAAGACCUACAUGUUCUGCUGCCACCACAACAACACCGCCUUCAAAUACUGCUGCAACGAAACAGAGUUCCAGAUGGUCAUGCAGAUCAACCUCACCACCACCUCAGAUGGGUAUGCACACAAUAAUUACACAGCCCUGGUCGGCGUGUGGAUCUACGGCUUCUUCGUCAUGGUGCUGCUGGCGCUGGACUUUCUCUACUACUCAGCCAUAAACUACGAGCUGUGCCGGGUGUACCUGGAGAAAUGGGGCCUGGGAGGACGCUGGCUGAAGAAGGCUCGCAGUCAGUGGCACAGGUCCAUGCCAGAGGAGAGCGAAGCCCAGGCUCCGGCCCAGCCCAUGGUCCCGAGCCACUACCAGCCCAGACACAGCCUCAGAGGGGAGAGCCACAGCCCCACACUCCUGCCCUACAACACGUCCACCGCAUGAAUGAUUCUGCAAGUGGACAAACCGAAGAGUAGCAACACCUUGUUUCCUUACCUGGUAGAGAGGAGAGGUCCCGCAGAUGCCCCCUCUCUGGACCACAGACACAGACACCAGUGGUGGGCUAGCCAUACUGUAGUAGUUAGAAGAGACUACUGCCCUUUCCUAAUGAGCACAAAACACCCAUGGACCGACAGAAGCAGGCCGACGUGGCAUUUAGAAACCCCGCUGAACAAAGGCUGCCAGGAGACACAGAGGAGUGUACUGCAGAGGAGCGACACAUUCAGCAGCUCACAGGUGUUCAGUGAUCCUCUGAAGAGACUGCCAAGUCCCGAAGUAUCCCAAAAAGGAUCUGAGCUGAGCUGGAUAAACUGUACUCGUUUUUAAAAAAAGAAGCUCAUCUUUCUAGAUAUAAAAUGUUUAUUGCACUGCUGUGUCAGUUUGUGUUCAGUAGCAGUUAGACACAGUUGUGGGUUAUCUAUUUGGUGAUUUAUUUAUGUGAGUUAGUCAGAGAAUAUAUAUGAGUGGUUAACAUUCGGAACAUGUAACAGCUUAGGUUGAUGCUGAGCAUCUCGCUUAGAGUAGAAUGUUUUUGUUACUUACUGAUACCAGACGCAAAAUGUCUCUGCAGCAGCCAUGUUGAGAAAACAGUAUCUCGUAUGAAAUGUUUUAGAUCUCCUCUCUGCAAAACAAGUGAUUUUAUCUAUAUUGUAACGUGUCUGACACAAGGACACAACGCCAUACGGAUAACCUGCUUUACAAUGGGUCAUCAAGAUUUUUCUUUUGGUUUAGUGAUGCUGAGGAAAGGGAUCUUGGCUUUCAAGUCAUUCACCCAAAACAUUAAUGCUAUGUUCACAGAACUAGCGACAGAGCUACAAAACGGUCAUGCGUGGCCUGCUACAUUGUCGGCACGUCGCCUCGGAAGUGUUGCUCAAGCGCUCGUUGACGUCGUUACGCCAUUAAUUGCACUGGGAACUGGAUAACGGAAAGAAAAAAAACAUUCAUGUCACUGGCUUCCAUUGAAAAUGAAUUGUAGCCGGUUGCUUUGUCGCUCGUAAUGUGAACACAUCAUAAUGAGGAUCAGGGACGCCUUCACAACAGCAAAGCGCUUCAUGCUAAGUUAAACAUAACCUUAGACCUUGGCGUCGAGCCGACAAGCCCAUUUGAGACCAUUACUUACAAAGUUAGUGUGAGACAGUUGCCUGUGUAACCUCAUCCAUUGACUUGUUUGCCCUUCCUCAUUACCGGAGCUGCCUGAAAAACAGCUCCAUUAGCAAUAUGAUGCAAAUGAAUAUCCAUUUGGUUCCUUUAUAAGGAGCGCUCUAUAUCCCACAUUGGUAAUAGACAAUUGUAAGUGAUUAGCCACAACAGAAAAACCCACAUUAAAACCCCUUUCACUGUCAGCAAUAAUGUACAGUAGCUUAAUCAGACGGAUGACAUGGUAUGUAAAAGUCAGAGGCACCAGCCAAAUGAGCAUCGGGUAAUCAUUGAGGUGGAAUCGCAGAGCUUUCAGUUCAGUUUACAUUUAAUAAGGCGAGGUUACUAAAAUGGACAUACAGCAUUUCUGGAUAAUGAACUCGUACUGAAAAAGGUCUCCAACAAUUUCUGUGACAGCGUUGUUGGAGCAGAAGUGAAAACAAUUCACUUUUUAAAGACAAACUUUUACAUUAUAGCUGUAACUAAUGACUUGAAUCUGACAAUUAUUUUCUCAAUUUCUUUAUGAAUUAUUUGGUCCAUAAAAUGUCAGAAUAUAGUGAAAAAUGUUAGAAUUUCUGAAAGCCAGAAGCCAGGUAUUGAAAUGGCUUGUUUUAUUCAACCAACAGGCUAAAACCCAGGAUAUUCAGUUAUACUAUUGUUUAUGAUAACAUAUGAUCAAAUCUUCACAUGUGUGAAAUCAGUGUAAGCUUGGAAAUAAAUGAUCAAUCAAUCUAGAGGUGCAACUAAAGACUAAAUUCAGAUUAAUCAGCAAUUUGUUUUCUCAAUUAAUCAAUAAAUUGUUCGGUCUAUGAAGUGUUACACUAUUACAGUAGACAAACUCCUCAUAUUUGAGAAGCUGAAACUAAGGAAUUAUUUGGUAUUAUUGCUUGAAAAAUGACCUAAACAAGAAAUGAAUCAACCAAAAAGCGAGUUGGACUAAUAGAUGAAUGAACUAAUCGUUUCAGUUCUACGGUCAUCGUGUUUUAAGAGAAAGUAGUGACUUUAUACCCAAAUCUGAAUUAACUACCGAGAUAAAUUCUCUGUAAUCCAUUAAAUACUACAAGAGACAAAGCAGCUGUUGGUGCCAGACUGCAUAUGAGCGAUAGCAUGUGAAGACCAGGUGGGCAGACCGGUAGGUACAUCACGAAAGAGGCGUUGGUACCAAUCUUGCAUCUGCAACUGGUACUCUGGCAGCUGCUGGGCCCCGUAUGCGUGCAGAAUCUCUGGUCCGUGCAAACGUGGUAACGUCCUCGCUGAAAGCUAACAAGAGAUACCGUUAAUCGCUCAGAGUCAUGAGACCUGGGGUCUCGCCAUCAUAUCUGUCCUCUCCGUUUCAUGAAGUUUAAGUGGAUCCUCCGAAUAAAACUCUGGUCGUGUGCUGGGCUUCUUCCUCAGUUAUCGGCAAUAAUAUUCACAUUUGCUGAGUUGUUAGAGCAAGUCAAUUCCCAUUUCAGUGGCUGAAGUUUAAGUGCGUGAGCAGGCUUGUGCUUUCAGGGGCAGAGAAAUAGGAUGUGUCCAAGUUAAAUAAUUGGCCCAGGGAUCUGCAGUGGUCCUAAAUUACACUCUCCUGCUCUCUUUCCAUAGCUGUCUCCUUAUUCCCAGAGUGUGAACAGGAGCACCAAACAGGGAGGGUUUUUUGAAACAGAUGCAGCAGCACAAAGGGGAUUUAAUUAGUCCCUAAUGUUGAAUAAGUGGGGAAAAUCUGAUGUGUUUAAGGUAAUGUCAUUUUUCAGGGUUUUUGCUGUGUGUUCUGACCUGUAAUAAAGUAAAGGAGGGCAGUAAGGAAACACUUCAUUUUGCCUCCGACAAGCAGUAGCAGCUGGAUUAUUUCCCCUCAUUUCAUUAAAAUGUUACAAGUUGGUUUUGUGAUGUUUUCUGUUUUGUUUGAAAACAGUCGUGACUCUGGCCUGAUGUGUGACGUGGUACUGUAAAUCGUAUCAGCUCAACCCUCUACCCAAAUAAACAAUUUUUAAAAAAACAACAUAAAAAAGGGAAGAAGAGAGCGCACAUCUGUUUCAGUCUGUCAGGCGGUCAUGGUAACAGUUGCCUUACGGUUGAAUACCCACCUGUACACAGAAGCUUUGUAGUGGUUGAUACCUCACUUUUUGGGUGUGGUGGUGAUGAUAAUGUGCACCAAGUUCUGUCUAUGUAUUUACUACUAGAUAGAAUGACCAGUACCGUUUUCAGUUGGAUUGUUAUUGCACUUGUUGACUUUGUAUUGUCACGACAGGGAGAAAUAAAGUUUUAUCUUUU